CAUCUCCUUCCUUUUUGUUGGUUGGAAACUUGGAAAAUAGGAGGAAGAAGACACCAAGAUAGAAGAGAACUGACGGAGGUUUUUAGAGAGAGAACCAGAUAGAGAGAAAGUACAGGAAACUGAUCAAGCACAGAUAAUAUAACAUGAAGAACAACACUCCGACUUUCAAAUACUUGCUCCUCUCUCUCCUCCUCACUCUUCCUAUUCUCCUUCUCGUCCUCCGUCUCCAACCCCACAACCUCUACUGGACCACCGCCGCCGCCACACACGAUAUCACCCUCCCGGCUAUACAAGCCGAAUCCCAACAAGAAACAGAAACCAACAACACAUCUACCAAAGACAUCCGAAUCCGACCAGGCUACACCUCCUACGAAGCAUACCUCGAGCGGCAGGUCAACAAAACCAACAACCCUAGGCUCCGCCAGUUAUGGACUACCCGCGACUGGGACCGCAAAAUCCAAGUCUUCUCUCAAGUCUUCCAACAAAUGAAGCUCCAGAACCUCCUCACCGACGACUCCAAGGCCCUAUGCAUCGGGGCCAGAGUCGGCCAGGAGGUUGAGGCCUUAAAGCGAGUCGGGGUGUCCGACUCGAUUGGCAUCGACCUUGUACCCUUCCCUCCGCUCGUGGUCAAGGGAGACUUCCACAACCAGCCGUUCGGCAAAGACAUCUUCGACUUCGAGUUCUCGAACGUAUUCGACCACGCGCUGUACCCGCGGAAGUUCGUUGCGGAGAUCGAACGGACGUUGAGGCCCGGCGGGGUCUGCGUUUUACACGUGGCGAUCGCGCGGCGGACAGAUAAGUACUCAGCGAAUGAUCUGUAUAGUGUGAAGCCGUUGGUGGCGAUGUUUCGGAGAAGCGAGUUGGUUCAUGUCAAGGAGGUUGACGGUUUUGGGGCCAACACGGAGGUGGUUUUUCGGAAACGGCAAAACGGUAGCCCAUCCAACGGCCCUGAUUGAUUGAUUGAACCCCAAUUGUCACUCUCUGCAAAUACGUGCAACAUAUUUUCUUGUUUAAUGGGAAAAAAUUAUUCAAAUCAUGUAAUUAUUUGUGUAUAUGCAUGCUUCCUUGAGUAAUGAUUUCCAUCUAAUCUCUAUUUAGACAAACAUAAUCUUUCUUCACGUUCCCAGUUUAUCAUUUUAUCUCGUUUUAUACGAUAAAUUGAGAAUGUGAAUAUAAAUAGUUUCAUUCUAUCUUUUUCCGACGGUUUUUGUUUA